AAACGCACAGCGGUAUUGAUGAGUAGAUCCUUGGAUUCAGAGGGUGGCUGAAGCGAACCAUGCCUGCUUCCCUGGUUUGUUCCGGAAAGCUGUGACCCGCUCAUGCCGGAAGAUGGCACAUGGGAUUGCUUCCCAAGGCAAGGUUACCAUCACGGUGGAUGAGUACAGCUCCAACCCCACCCAGGCCUUCACGCACUACAACAUCAACCAGAGCCGCUUCCAGCCGCCCCAUGUACAUAUGGUCGACCCCAUCCCAUAUGACACUCCAAAACCAGCGGGCCACACGCGAUUUGUCUGCAUCUCAGACACACACUCCAGAACAGAUGGUAUCCAGAUGCCUUACGGGGACAUCCUUCUCCACACAGGCGAUUUCACCGAGCUGGGACUGCCCUCAGAGGUUAAGAAGUUUAAUGACUGGUUAGGAAACCUGCCGUAUGAAUAUAAAAUAGUGAUUGCUGGGAAUCACGAACUGACAUUUGAUAAGGAGUUCAUGGCAGACCUUGUUAAACAGGACUACUACCGUUUCCCCUCUGUGUCCAAAUUGAAACCCGAGGACUUUGACAAUGUUCAGUCCCUCCUGACAAACAGUAUUUACUUGCAAGAUUCGGAGGUCACAGUGAAGGGAUUCAGGAUAUACGGUGCACCUUGGACCCCGUGGUUUAAUGGAUGGGGCUUUAACCUUCCCCGUGGCCAGUCCCUGCUGGACAAGUGGAACCUGGUCCCCGAGGGCAUCGACAUCCUCAUGACACACGGACCUCCUCUUGGUUUUCGAGACUGGGUGCCCAAGGAGCUGCAGAGGGUGGGCUGCGUGGAGCUCCUGAACACCGUGCAAAGGAGGGUCCGGCCCAAGCUGCACGUGUUUGGUGGGAUUCAUGAAGGUUAUGGCAUCAUGACCGACGGCUACACAACGUACAUCAACGCCUCCACUUGUACAGUCAGCUUCCAGCCGACCAACCCACCCAUCAUCUUCGACCUUCCCAACCCACAGGGCUCCUGAGCCUCUGAUGCCAGAUGCGAAUGUGGGGAAAGCUCUACAAACUGCCGUUUUUCUCCUUAUAAACUUAAUUCUCUCACUUGUUUAUUUCCAAAUCCUGUGAGUUCUUUUUGUAAGUUGUUGGAACAAACAAACAAACAAAGAGAUGCUAGAGGUUGUGCUUCUUUCUCCUCUUUCUUUUUCUUUUUUAAUGGGGAUCCAUUUGAAACCAGAGUAGCAUUGUAAAUUUGUAAGACGACUUCUGUUUCCUCAAAGGCCAUGCCAUUGUAAAUGGUUAGUGUUCGCCAAAGGACAGCCAAGCUUUCUUUUAAAAAGGUGAUAAAAGUCUUAUUUUAAUAUGCUUUAAGCUGGAAGAAAAAGGAAAAAAAAAAGGAACAGGUAGGCAGUGUUUUAAAAAACCACACAGAUUUGCACAACUGUUAAGAGUAUUGUUUGAAGUAUUUUAUUUUUUAAUGUGUUGUUAUUGUUAUUGUUGUUGUCGUUUUCCUGGUGAAACUUCCUUUUUGCAGUUACGGCUCCGGUUUAGGGCAACCUUCACAGUAGAAGUAGGCACGGGAAGCCUUCUCCCACACCUUGGCUCUGCGAAAGACUGUGUCACCCCAAGACCACAGCCUGUGUGCGCCCAGGAUGGAGAGGCUAUUGAAGUCCGCAUGGUGGUUACACAAGGUCUCCUUGUCUGUUUGUUGCUUUUAAAUUAUUUUAGCUUUAAAAAUACGGAAACGGAAUCUGUCAAGAGCAAGUAUUUCAUGCAGUGUCUAAAAAAUGAGCGUGCAGACUCCUGUCCAACAUGGGUGUAUAUAUAUAAGUAUUUUUUGUGUAUUAUGACUACGUUAGGAGUUUAAUAUUGCCAAGAGCAGGACAGAGGGAUGCUGGGUACAACUGCGUCAAAGUCCCGAAGAACUGCUAUGUCUCCUCUGCGCUCGAGGUCUGAAAGAGCUCGAGUCAAACCUAGGUACAGUGACAAGCGUGUACAGACGUAAAUGGAUGCAACGGAAGCUACCGGAAAUAAGGCUUAGUUGUCCUUUCUAUUUAAAUCCCCCAACUUGUCCUCUGACCUCCCUCCCCUCCCAUUUGCACUGUGUGUCGAUGCAAUCUCCGCUAGCACAAAAUAUUGUCGCUAAUAGUCAUUUCUGUUUUCCCAUUGUAAAUGUUGUUUGGGCUUUAUUCUAUUUUAUGUUAUCUUGAAAUUUAGGAAAGCAGUUGUUUCUCUAAAUUUAUUGUGAUAUUCUAUAUCUAGCGGCCUUUAUAUGCAAAUAAAAUUGCAAGAUUUUUAAAUCUG